AUGGGGGGCUCUGCCUUUCUGACUCACAAUCCACCACUCCCAACUCCCCGCAUGCCCUUGGAGAUCUACCAGAAAAUUCUCUCACAAACCCUCACGCUCCUUCAAGAACAUUAUUCACAAUGCGCCUCGCCUAUCGAAGGCCCGGGCAAGAAAGAUUUCGGAGAUGUCGAUAUCCUAGUUGCCUCCCCCAAAUCCCCAGAGUACGAUGUCUUCCCAAGCUCAAGCCGGGAUACAAAAAGGACAGAAAUUCAAAGCCCCAUGAGAGAAGUAGCUCAGAACCUCUCUAUCUUGCUAGGAGCAGAAGCGUUCAUCGUCGAGAAAGGAAACCCAACGAUUAAUUUUGCAAUUCCCUGGCCUGAGUCGGUAACUCUUCCAAACACAAACGUAAACUCAGAUCAAGCACAACAAAACGUGGAAGAGGAAGAGCAUCAAACGCCAACCCAAGAAAAAAAGUAUAUUCAAAUUGAUAUCCACCAUCUCCCCAAUCCUCAAUAUUUCCACUGGGAACUCUUCCAUAGCGCACACGGCGACCUGUGGAACAUCCUAGGAACCAUCAUCCGACCCUUCGGCCUCACAGCCAAUAACAUCGGUCUCUACAUCCGGAUUCCAGAAAUCGAACUUCGGGACCGGAAAAAGAGUAUGAUAUUACUCACCUCUGAGCCUGGUCUUGUUCUCGAUUUCUUGGGAUUGGAUGAAGGGAGGUGGUGGAAUGAGUUUGGGAGCCAGGAGGAAAUGUUUAGGUUUGCCAUGGGAUGUCGCAUGUUUUGGAUUAAGGAGGAUAACGAGGAUGGUGAGGGAGAGGGAGAGGUUGUAGGGGAUGUGGCCGUUGAUGGGAGGGUUGGGAAGGAGGGUGGGGAGAUGAGUAAGAAGAAGUUGAAACAUAAUGAUCGUCAGAGAAUGAGUAAACGGCCAAUUUUCAAGGCGUGGAUUGAAGAGUUUGUUCCAAAAAUUCGGGAGGAAGGGUGUGCGAAGGUAGCGAAAGUUACCAGAGAGGAAAUUAGAGAGGAGGCUAUGGAGAAGUUUGGUAUGAGGGAGGUAUAUGAGCAGAGGCUACGAGAUUGGAAAUUGGAGAGGAAUGGUAUUGAACUUGGUGCGAUCCUCAAAGGGGCGGUUCCUGGGGCUGAUGAGGUGGAUCCACCGUUGAGAGCUGCUGCCAUUCGGUUCCUGAGGAGUGUCAUUAAGGAUGGAGAAGAGUUUGAUGGAGUUAUUCCGGAGGCGGCAAAACUGGACAAAAAUGGCUUGUAUGACCUUGACAGGGUUAGGGCAUUUGUUGAAUCAAAUUGGCGAAGAGCGGGCGAGAUUGGGUUGAAGAGACAGCAUUAUGAGAGCGUGGAUAACCAUAGAUUGAAGGAGAUUUUGAAAGCCAAAGAGACGGGCGAGGUUGAGAACGAUACCCAGGAGGUAAAACUAGAUACAUAA